GUCCCCCAAUGAACAAUCCUCUUCACAUUUCUAUUUUCUCCUCCGAGGUCGUCUCUCGACCAAACCACAAAACCAGAACAAAAAUAAAUAAAAAAUAAUCAGAUCUGAGAUCGAUCAAAACAUGAACACGUUAAUCCCAUCGGAGAAACGAUGGAUCAUCACCGGUGUUUUACUCGCGGGUUUAGUUGGCGGUGCUUUACUCUUCACAAGCUUCAUACGAGCCGCUGACGAAACUCUCUUCCUCUGUUCCACCGCGAACGCCAAAAGCAGAGCGGUGGCUGCAGCGGCUGAUUAUUCAGCGACUCCGAUCCAGCUUCAAGCGAUCGUCCACUACGCGACAUCUACCGUUGUCCCACAACAGAAUCUUGCUGAGAUCUCGAUCUCUUUCAACAUCUUGAAAAAGCUAGCUCCGGCUAACUUCCUCGUCUUCGGUCUCGGCCGCGACUCGCUCAUGUGGGCUUCUUUAAAUCCACGUGGCAAAACCUUGUUCUUGGAGGAAGAUCUUGAAUGGUUCCAGAAAGUGACCAAAGACUCUCCAUUCUUACGUGCGCAUCACGUGCGUUAUAGGACGCAGCUUCAACAAGCCGAUUCGCUUCUACGGUCGUACAAAACGGAGCCAAACUGUUUUCCGGCGAAAUCUUAUCUCCGGGGAAACGAGAAGUGUAAGUUAGCUCUCACGGGACUGCCCGAUGAGUUCUACGAUACAGAGUGGGAUCUGUUAAUGCUCGAUGCUCCUAAAGGUUACUUCCCUGAAGCACCGGGAAGAAUGGCGGCGAUUUUCUCGGCGGCGGUUAUGGCUAGGAACCGGAAGAAACCAGGAGUUACGCACGUGUUCUUGCACGACGUUAAUCGGAGGGUGGAGAAGACUUUCGCCGAAGAGUUUUUAUGCCGGAAGUAUAGAGUCAACGCCGCCGGGAGGUUAUGGCAUUUCGCUAUUCCUCCGGCGGCUGCGAACGCUACGAUUGACUCUGGUGAUUAUAGGUUUUGCUAAGAUUGCGACACGUCUCUCCUUAUUUCCUCUUUUGCCCUUUUUAUCUUACUUUUUUCGAGGAGUCUUAUUACAGCAUUGGGUUCACUUAUUAUCUGAUUUAGUGCCGACAGUUUUGGAUCUGCAU